UUCUCCACCACAACCUAAGUCCCGGUACACUACUCCAUUUAUUAACUUCACUCCCUUCUCCCACUAUUUCUGCUCUGUAAUUCUCUCUCUUUUUCGUGCUCUGCUUCUGUGUCUGUAGAACCAGAGCGCGCAUGGAGUACUUCUCCUUCCUCCCUCUCCUCCUCAUUUCCGUUUCCGCCGUUACUUUUGCAGACGGUGGCUCGAUAGGAGUGAACUACGGCAGGGUUGCUAACAACCUGCCGUCGGCUGUGAAGGUGGUGGAGCUUCUUAAGUCGCAGGGGUUGGAUCGGGUCAAGGUUUACGACACCGACCCGGCUGUUCUCAAGGCGUUUUCCGGAUCCGGUAUAAAGCUCACCGUCAACCUCCCCAACGAGCAGCUCUACAAUGCGGCUAAACGGGAGUCGUUUGCGUACGCCUGGGUCCAGCGUAAUGUCGCCGCCCACCACCCGGAUACCAGGAUCGAGGCCAUCGCCGUCGGGAAUGAGGUGUUUGUUGACCCGCAUAAUACGACCCGGUUUCUUAUCCCCGCCAUGAAAAACAUCCACGAAGCUCUUGUCAAGUUCAAUCUCCAUGGAGAUAUUAAGGUUUCAUCCCCAAUCGCGCUCAGUGCGUUGCAUAACUCGUACCCCUCCUCAGCCGGGUCGUUUCGGCCGGAGUUUGUUGAAUCCGUGAUGAAACCCUUGCUGGACUUCCUCCGUCAAACCGGGUCGUACAUGAUGGUGAACUGUUACCCGUUCUUCGCCUACGAGUCGAACUCCGACGUCAUCCCGCUCGAUUACGCGCUCUUCAGGGAGAAUCCCGGCGUCGUAGACGCCGGAAACGGCCUCCGUUACUUCAACCUCUUCGACGCCCAAAUUGACGCCGUUUUCGCGGCCAUGACGGCGUUGAAGUACGACGACAUCAAAUUGGUCGUCACCGAAACCGGAUGGCCAUCCAAAGGAGAUUCCAACGAGCUCGGCGCCAGUAUAGAAAAUGCAGCGGCGUACAACGGCAACAUGGUCCGGAGAAUCCUCACCGGCGGCGGGACCCCACUGAGACCCAACGAGGACCUCACGGUGUACCUUUUCGCCCUCUUCAACGAGAACAAGAAAUUCGGCCCAACCUCGGAGAGAAACUUCGGACUAUUCUACCCCGACCAACGGAAAGUCUACGACAUUCCGUUCACAACGGAAGGUCUGAAGACCUACCGGGAAGUCCGGCCGCCGGUCGCCGGAAAUCAGAGGAUUUCAAAGCGGGGAAAGGGUAACGCAUCGGGAAACGUUUCAGGACAGACGUGGUGCGUGGCGAACGGGGAAGCGGGAAAAGAAAGGCUGCAGGCGGGUCUAGACUACGCUUGCGGUGAGGGCGGGGCGGACUGCCGUUCGAUCCAGCCGGGAUCCACGUGCUACAAUCCUAACACUCUAGAGGCGCACGCUUCGUUCGCUUUCAACAGUUACUAUCAGAGGAAGGGGCGUGCCGGCGGCACGUGCUACUUCGGCGGGGCCGCCUACGUUGUCAUGCAACAACCUAAAUUUGGGAACUGUGAAUUACCCACUGAAGAUUGAACACCCCCAUAGGCCAUAGCAGACUUUGAUGACCAAAAAGUCCAAAACUUUAUUGGAUUUUGAAUGAAGUGUAGUGCAUAGAUGCUACUACUAGAGUGUCUAUGGAAAUUACUGCGCUUAUCUAUCCAGGAAUCACCAUAGUUACUGUUGGGUUUAGUGAAUUCAUUUUUGUGAUUGUGGGGGGGAAAACUAAUGUAAUGUGUAUUAAGUUGUUACAUAGUACUCUGUAAUUUCUUUUCCCUUUUCAUUGUCUACUGCUAGUACUACUUACAGCUUAUAAUGUUGAUUAAUCUCUGUAGUGCAUUCAGUUGAUGAAAGCUAAUGGGAAUAAUAUAGUACCACUUCAAAAUUA